GGGCCCUUAGCUAGGCGGCUGGCCUGCCUGACAACGCCGCCCGAGUUUGGCCCGAGUUCGCAGGAAGGGGCCUGUGGUGGCUCCGCGCCCAGCAUGGGGGUGACCGUGGAGGCCCAGAGAGUUUAUAAAUAUCCUUUCGAGCAGGUGGUGGCCAGCUAUCUCCGCAAGUAUCCCAGUCCCAUGGAGAAAAAUGUUAUUGCUGUAAAAACAAUAGAAGAGAAGACAGACUUGUCUACAGGAGUCAUAUAUCGGAGAAGGAUUGCAACAUGCCAAAAUGUAAUUCCAUACAUUUUAAGAAAGAUUAGUAUCCUGAAAAUAUCAGAAGUCUACUUAGAAGAGGAGUCGUGGCUUAAUAUGCAAGAAAGAAUGAUGUCUAUGAAGAGUCACUGUCUUACGUGGACAGAGUAUGCUACCCUAAAAGAAGAAUCAGUCUUCAGAGAAAGCUCUGAAAAUCCGAAUUGGACAGAGUUUGUUCAGAAAGGAAAUAUAACAGUAAAAGGGACUGGACUGCUGAAUUGCUUACUGGAAAUUUUUGCACAAUCCUUUUUAAAUCAAGGAGUCAAAAGGAGUAUUUCAAUCAUGGAGAGACUUCUGCAAGACCAGUUUGGAGGGCCUGUUUUAUAAUGAAAAAUGAACUAAAGUCUCCAUAUAUCUAAGUUGAUACAUAGCACUACAUCCUUAUUUCCAACCUUACAUUUUACUGAAGUUAACCCUGUGGGUUGUUUUAAUGGAGAAGAAAAGAUUGUUAAAGAGAAGAGAAAGAUUUGCAGUCUCCCCUAAGUAACACAUAUGGAAUGACAUAAUUUGAACAAUACGUGCUCCAGAACAAAAUAUUUAUUUUGAAAAAUGCAUCACCGUGUACUUGUUCUCUGAUUUCAAAGAUGUAAAUAUUUAUAAGAAACCAUCCAUUUGAAAAAUAACUCCCAGAUCUUUGGUUCUAAGGAAAAGCUUACUAGCCAAAAGGAAUAAGCUUUUCUUGUAUUUGAAUAUGCAUAAUUUUGUUUGGCAGAAUGUAUUACAUGGAAACUGGGAGAAUUAAGAGAUGAUGUGAAUUUAUACUAUAUGAUCACAUAAAGACUAAGAAUUUAGUUUUUUUUUAAAAUAUUCAUUAUUCUUCUAUAAUACAAAAAUGGUAAACAUACACAAAUGCUAUUAAUAUAUUUUGGAUUACCAAUAUAACUCUGUAAACUGUGAACCAUUCCAAAACUUAGGGUUUUUCAAUAGUAUCUAUCUUAAUAUAGAAUGGCAAACUAUUUUUAUAUAGUAAAAGGUUUUCAGUGAUUGUGUUUAAUUACUUCACUUAAAGUACUGUGGGAUGAAAUGGAAGUUUAACUUGAGGAGUCCUAUUAUAACUGCACAUAUGAGCCAGCA